AGAAGCCGGCGGUCCAACUCAGCCCGUCAGUCCAGUGCCGCUCGAGCCCCGCGCCCCGCGUGUGCUCCCGUCUCCACUCUCCCUCAGUUCAGUGAUAGCAGCGCCGGCGUCCACCGCUCAGCACACCGCUCAGCACACCGCUCAGCGCAACCACUCAGCCGGUUCAGCCACAACAGCCCCAAGAUGACGCUUGUGCAGCCCAACCCCGACAUGCAGAUCCACAUCCGCUCCGAGCUCAACGAGGACGUGAGCACCCGCGACGACGACCUGCAGCACAUCAAGGAGUGGCUGGGCCGCCAGCCCCACCUGCCCAAGUUUGACGACGACGGCCGCAUCAUGACCUUCCUCCGGGGCUGCAAGUUCUCCCGUGAGAAGUGCAAGAGGAAGCUGGAUAUGUACUUCACCAUGCGCACCGCCGCGCCCGAGUUCUUCUCCAACCGUGACCCGACCUCGCACGAGAUCAAGGAGGUCAUGAAGCUCGCCUACCUGCCGCCCCUGCCCGGCCUCACCCCCAACGGCCGUCGUGUCUGCGUGUUCCGUGCGGCCGUGGACAGCGCCGACGGCAUCGAGCUGCCGCAGGUGCACAACGGCAUGAAGGUGGUCAUGAUGAUCGGGGACAUCCGUCUCAAGGAGGAGUCCACAGGCGUCGCCGGCGACGUCUACGUGCUCGACGCGUCCAUCGCCACGCCCACCAACUUCGCCCAGCACUUCUCCAAGUUCACGCCCGCCCUCGUCAAGAAGUUCUUCGUUUGCGUCCAGGAGGGCUACCCAGUCAAGGUCAAGGAGGUGCACGUCGUCAACGCCUCGCCGCUCGUCGACACCAUCAUCAACUUUGUGAAGCCCUUCAUCAAGGAAAAGAUCCGCAACAGGAUCCACGUCCACGCCGACGGCUACGAGUCCCUCUACAAGUACAUCCCCAAGGAGAUGCUACCGUCGGAGUACGGUGGCGGCGCCGGACCCAUCGCCAAAAUCAACGAGGAGUGGCAGAAGAAGAUGGAGAGCUACAAGGAGUGGUUCGCCGAGCAGGAGAACGUGAAGGCCGACGAGUCCAAGCGGCCCGGCAAGCCCAAGACCCACGACGACCUGUUCGGUAUGGAGGGCUCCUUCCGGCAGCUCACCAUCGACUAGCCCAGCCCGCCCCGCCAGCCGUCCGUCAGCCGGCGCUGGGCGCCAUUGGACCGAGGGCAGCCGAGGCACAUCGGCGAGGCAACCAAAGAGGGGCGGGACCCUUCCCCGGGCCCCGCCCUGCGGCCCUGCGGGCUUCAGGGAGGCUUCCCCCCAACGCUUCUACGCACACCAAGGCACGACAACGGCACCCUUCACCCUUUUCCUGUCACCCUCGGCCAGCAGAGCUCUCCCGACUCGAGACUGAGACUGAUUGACUUUUCGUCGCGUUCGCACAACUCUUCAGAUUGUGAUAGCAGCAGAGUUUGCCAGCUGACUUAUGUCACACAUGUCAUUUCUUUUUUUCUUUUCACGAUUCUUGUUUUGUUUUUGUUUUUCAAUUUCUUUACUAAUUCUUACUGAAAGAGAUGGGGCUCACUAAAAGAGCACUGCCCAAUGUCAUCUUUUUUGUUUGUUUGUGCAUCUUACCAAACUAGAUCAAGUGAUUCAUCAUAUUUCUAAUCCCAUCUUUCAUCAACCUUUCAUCUACCAUGUUGUGUUGUUGACCUGUCGCGUUUUGCACCUAGGAUACUGACUGUUACACCGUUUCUAUUUUUGUUAUCAAGUGAUAUUUUAGCUACCAAAAUGUAUUACUUCUGGCAUGUUAAAUAAAAAGGUAUACCAAUCAUAAA